AUGUCGCACCAUCCCCCAUUCAAGCAGGUAGAGGCUGCGCGCCCGGACUUUGAGGAGGAACCGUUUGCCUACACCAAGACGCCGGCGCCGGAGUGGGUGCCGGGCCAGGGCUCGAACCAGCUGCCGUGGCCGGUCGACGCACCGUUCAAGCACAUCGACCCCGCGCACGAGCAACCCGGCCUCGUCUACAAGCUCAUAAUCGGCGGCAUCGACGAGCACGGCAAGCAGAACCUUGCGCCCUUCUCCUACUUUGCGCCCUGCGGGCACAACCCGCCGAUGGUCGUUUUCUCGUGCUCGAGCCCAGGGCCAGACAAGCAGAAGGACACGUGCAACAACGUCAAGACGACCAAAGAGUUUGUGGUCAAUAUCAUUUCGGAGGCGUUCAUCGAGGCGGCCAACUACACCAGCAUCGAUGCGCCGGCGGACCUGAGCGAGUGGGACCUGGCCGGACUGACCAGGGAGCCCAGCCAGGUGGUCAAGCCCCCGCGGGUCAAGGAGAGCGCCUUCAGCAUGGAGUGCGUGCUCGAGCACUACUACGACAUGAAGGACGAUGAGGGCCGAGUGACGGGCACGUCGCUCUUUGGGCGAGUCAAGCUCUUCCACGUGCGGGAGGACGUUCUGCAGCCCAACUACGUCAUCGACCAGGCCAAGCUGCAGAGCAUGAGCCGGUUGGGCGGCAUCUCCUACGGACGGACGACGAAGGGUCUGGAGCUCGCUCGGCCGGUCUGGUCACCGGUGGAGAGCCAGCGAAAGGAGGUCGAGCAGGCCCUCCUGCCCGUGAACAACCCGGGCAGCACCAAGGCAGACGCGCCGCCAUCUUGA